AAGAUAGUCUUCGAGAACGACGGGUUGAUAGCUGUCAACAAGCCUCCAGGCAUCGGAUUCCACGUCGACGAACAGGGCAAUGCAGGGAUCUUGCAGUAUAUCCGCAGUCUGCAAGCAGAGGAGCGAUUCGACUAUCGUGGAUCUCUGCAUCCCGUUCAUCGAAUCGACAAGGUCACGUCGGGAUGUCUGCUCUUCGCCAAGACGCGGGGAGCAGCUAGUGAGUUGAUGACCAAGUUCAGAGAGAGGAACGUCGACAAGUACUACGUCGCUGUAUCCGCUGGAAAGCCCUCUAAGAAACAAGGGACGGUCAAGGGCGACAUGGCUCGGACCAGACGAUCAGCAUGGAAGCUGCUCCGCACCCAGGACAACCCCGCUGUGACUAGUUUCAUACAGACAGCCUUCGAGCUCACAGACCCUCCGAGUGAGGACGGGAAGCCCCCAAUGCUGCGCCUGUUCCUGCUCAAACCCUCGACAGGCAAGACACACCAGAUCAGGGUGGCGAUGAAAUGCCUUUCUUCUCCGAUCCUCGGCGAUGCGAUCUAUGCCGGAAAUGCAGCCAAAGGAGUAGACGUGAGACUACAGCGCCGCAAGAGCAAGUCUUACCUUUGUUGUAGAGGACGUAUCUCCAUUCCUACGCCACAAGGAUGA